ACCCCAAAUUAAGCGCACUAUCGCUUUGACACUCCUUUCAGUCAUCAGCUAUCACUCUCUCUUCCUCUCGCAUCGAAAGCCAUGGCCACCGCGAGAGUGCUAACCGUCGCCAAUACUUCCUGCUUGCUCUCCAAGACGACGUCGUUCCUUGCCAAGCAGGGGCCAUACAGCACCAGCCUCUGCUUUACCAGAAGAAGAGCAGCGUCGUCGUUGUCAUCGUCGUCCCGGAGGUCCUUCGCUUGCACAGCUAUCUACAACCCCGAGGUUCAGAUCAAGGAGGAAGGCCUGCCCGAAACCCUAGACUACCGAGUCUUCUUCGUCGACCGUGCUGGUCAAAAGGUUUCACCUUGGCAUGAUAUACCUUUGCAAGUGGGUAAUGGUGUAUUCAACUUUGUGGUUGAAAUACCCAAAGAAUCGAGUGCAAAGAUGGAGCUUGCUACUGAUGAGCCACACACUCCGAUAAAGCAGGAUACAAAGAAAGGAAAACUUCGUUACUAUCCCUACAAUAUAAAUUGGAAU